CGUCCGGUGCCACCGGUCUGAAAGCAAUCGCGAAAACAAAAGAAUCGCCGCCGAUCGGACGCGUCCGCGAGGAGAACGCGUCCGCCGACACACACGGGAGAAACGAGCCCGAGCCGGUUGGCGACAUAUUGAUUCGGGACCCGGUGCGCGAUAUUCGCCCCCUAGUGUGAACGUACGAAAUAUUCGAUUGAAACGAGCCGCACGGAAUAGCCGCGGAUCGAUCUCGCCCCGGCGCCGAGGGACCGAGGAAAUCGCGAGCGAAAUUCCGAUCGGGGAAGAACUCGGCUGGCCGAGCGGACGCGCGCGGUGCUGUGCGAUCGUCGGGCCGGGUUCGGGCCGCGGAGCCGAGCCGAGAGUGCGCCGCCAGUUCAUUGCCGCGGCCAUUACGCGAUCCGGAGGGCGUGCGAGAUCGUUGCGACGCAAAUCGGAUCUCCCUGGGCCGCGUACCUCGAAAGAAAGAGAGAGAGAGAGAGAGAGAGAGAGAGAAAGAAAGAGAGAGAGAGUUCUCCUCCAGGCCCUGCGUUCUCCUGCCACCGAAAUCCGCGGCGGAGCGUUCGCGCGAUCGAUCCCCCAGGGGAUCGAGCGAGUAAACGCGCGCACACCCGCGCCUCGUAUUUUCGACGUGGCCCGCGUGUCGUCCGUUCCGACGAAUCAAUACCUUUCAGGGUUCGCUGGCCAGUCUUCGUUGACACGUGACUAGAUCGCCCCCGACAUGGGUAAGGAGAAGAUUCAUAUAAACAUCGUGGUGAUCGGGCACGUAGACUCGGGCAAGUCGACCACGACCGGUCACCUGAUCUACAAAUGCGGCGGCAUCGACAAGCGUACCAUCGAGAAGUUCGAGAAGGAGGCGCAGGAGAUGGGCAAGGGCUCGUUCAAAUACGCCUGGGUGCUGGACAAGCUGAAGGCGGAGCGCGAACGCGGGAUCACGAUCGACAUCGCGCUCUGGAAGUUCGAGACCGCGAAGUAUUACGUGACCAUCAUCGACGCGCCGGGGCACCGCGACUUCAUCAAGAACAUGAUCACCGGGACGAGCCAGGCGGACUGCGCGGUGCUGAUCGUCGCGGCCGGCAUCGGCGAGUUCGAGGCCGGGAUCUCGAAGAACGGGCAGACCCGGGAGCACGCGCUUCUCGCCUUCACCUUGGGCGUGAAACAGCUGAUCGUCGGCGUGAACAAGAUGGACAUGACCGAGCCGCCCUACUCGGAGAGCCGGUUCGAGGAGAUCAAGAAGGAGGUCUCCUCUUACAUUAAGAAGAUCGGCUACAACACCGCGUCCGUCGCGUUCGUCCCGAUCUCCGGCUGGCACGGCGACAACAUGCUCGAAUCCUCCGCGAAGACGCCCUGGUACAAGGGAUGGAAAGUGGAGCGCAAGGACGGCAAUGCCGACGGGAAGACGCUGAUAGAGGCGCUCGACGCCAUAUUGCCGCCGUCCAGACCCACCGACAAGGCUCUUCGUCUGCCUCUUCAGGACGUGUACAAGAUCGGCGGUAUCGGCACCGUCCCCGUCGGUCGCGUCGAGACUGGCAUUCUCAAGCCAGGCAUGCUGGUGACCUUCGCCCCGACCGCCCUCACCACCGAGGUGAAGUCCGUGGAGAUGCACCACGAGGCGCUGACGGAGGCGUUACCCGGCGACAACGUCGGUUUCAACGUGAAGAACAUCUCGGUGAAGGAGCUGAGACGCGGCUACGUGGCCGGGGACUCGAAGAACCAGCCUCCGCGAGGGGCGUCCGACUUCACCGCGCAGGUGAUCGUCUUGAACCAUCCGGGACAGAUCAACAACGGGUACACGCCUGUCCUCGACUGCCACACCGCUCAUAUCGCUUGCAAAUUCGCGGAGAUCAAGGAGAAGUGCGACCGCCGUACCGGCAAAACCACCGAGGAGAAUCCGAAGAGCAUCAAAACCGGCGACGCUGCGAUCGUGAUGUUACAGCCGACCAAACCGAUGUGCGUGGAAGCGUUCCAGGAGUUCCCGCCGUUGGGUCGCUUCGCUGUUCGCGACAUGCGCCAAACAGUCGCCGUAGGCGUCAUCAAAAGCGUCACCUUCAAAGAUACCCAGGGCAAGGUCACAAAGGCCGCGGAGAAAGCCCAGAAGAAAAAGUAACCAUCAAGCUUCCUCGGAAGCUCGCAGUCCGUUGGCUGGCUCCCGACGAGCGUCUCCGCGAGGGGAUUCUCCUCUCGGAUGCAGUACACCGCGGCUGCUCCAUUCAACUCAUACUCAACUAAUUAUACCAAAAGUGAAAAAAUGUUGUGCUUACCCCCGUUACAUUAUCCGGUAGUGUUGAAUCCGCGCAUCUAUCCGAAUCUGCACAUUCAGUUCACCCAUGCCCCGCGCACACCCCACAUAUGCUAGGUGGAGUUCUUACGUUUUUACUCACUCUUACAUUGACGAAGAAUAUGUGUCCAAUUACAGGUAAUACUCAGUUCCCUUGGACUCUGUGUAGUUAGGUUUUUCAAUUAAAUACAUACACACGUACACACACACGUUACAAUACCACACCGAAAGACGACGGACGGGAUGAACGAUAGUCGUGGCGACGUAACGAGAUAUCGAGGCAGCGGUGUCUCCCGGGCGCAUCCUCGAUUCCGCUCGCGAUCGGACUCGUUCCAUCGUAAAGAAACGUCGAGGCGGCGUCGAGCCCGGAUGCGAAUCCGGGACCGUCGACGGAAACCUCGCAACGAUCGAUCUCUUCUUCUACCGACGCGACACACGCCGUUCAACACCGAGCAAUAUAUUCGCAUCGACAGCCACGAUCACACCGACGACACCUACACGCACCGCUGCCUCGCAUCCCCCGACUUUUUAAAUCGAUUUAUUUCGAGGAAUUCGUUAAGGCUGAUUUCUUUGAAGACUUGGUUGUUGCCUCGCUGCAAUUAAUUUUAUUACUUCUGUAAGAUUGUAUUUAUCUCUAGUUAGGGAUCAUUAGACUACUGUACCCCUCUCCUCUCCCCGAUCGCGACCCCCGAGCGAUGCUCCCCCACGGCGAAAAGAGCGCGAGAACGGGCUCCUCUCGCUCGCAAGCGGGUUUCGUCUUCUGGGUCGCUUGUGUUAAUCUCUCCAUACCCCUAAUAGACGCGUUCUACAAUUGUUUGACCCUUAGCCAGUAUUAUGUUGAUGUAAUAAAAAAAAUUUUAAUUGCAA